UCCUUUAAAAAUCCUUCAUUUCUACAGGGAGGUUUAAGAGAGUUGGGACGGAGAUCCCAAGUUCCAAAAACCCCCAUGGAGGAGGCCCUCCUGCAGCCUGCGCUGGUGCUCAGGAAAUGCAGGCUUUUUCCUCCUGGGAGCAGUACUGCUAUCUCCAGGGUGAUAAAAUCCCAAGGAAUGGAGGGUGUUCUUGCCCUCUGUCCCUGCAGGUGCCUGAGAUUUGCUUUUCUUCUGUGUUGUGAAGGUGGCAAAGCUUCCAGCAAUAGGGCUUUAGCAGAGCCUGCGGGGGCAGGGAGGGUUGGUUUGCAGCAGGAACUGUAGCUGGGCCUGUGUCCCAGCAGGGGGAUCUGAGAUGUUUGGUUCAUGCAGGAAUAUUGGAUGGAGAAGGUGAAGGUACGUUUGCAGUAGUGGCUCCAGGUUUGGAUCAUCAUCCUGGGGUGGGGAAGGCUGCCUUUAGUGAUGCCCUCAGUGGCUUGGAAGCCAAAAUAGUGGAAGCUUCCCUCUUUUCGUGGGUGGUUUGGGCUGGGACAUCCCCUUCCUGCCAUCCCUCAUCCUUUUCAUGACCAUCAGGAUUUCCUCUGCUCUCCCCUGUUACUGACAGCAAGGCAGGAGAAAUUCACCCCACUCCUCUCUCUGCAAGUCUUGGGACAUCUGUGCCCGCUCUCUGCAGUUCCCUCCCGAGCUUAUCCCAGAGGAGCCAAACCAUUUUUCCUUGAGGUUUUCAGCCCAGCUGCAGUUUUCACGGAUUUAUCCCCCCAUUCCCCGGGAUGAAGAAGAAGAAGGGUAGGUUUGCUGCCUGGGGGAGGAGGGCUGGAAGAGCCCCCAUGUCCCAGCAGCGGUGGCUUUGUCACCACCCAGCCGCGGCACAGCGGAGCGGGGACACGGAUGACGGCAGCGCUCCAAAGACCAGCAUUGUUCCAAACGCCCCACCACAGACAAUUUCACUCACAGUGCUGCCAGAACAGGGCUUCUUGCUGCGGGUCUGGGUUAUGGGCUUUGUUUUGGCUCCACUAGGAUUGAUACCUGCAUAAAUCCAUGUGGGAUAGGGGCUGGGAAUAGAUAAUGAGACCCAGUGGAGUGCACGAAGGGGGCAGAGCUAUGGUUGGUAGCGCCUGGCUCCCUGCUGUUGAAUGCCAGCACUGGUAAGUUCGGGAUUUGGUUUUGUUCCCAGGGAAAGCUGAAAUUCAUGGCUGAGCUGCCCUGCAAAGCCAGCGCUUGUUCUUGUGCAUCUUCCCCCUUGCAAAAAGCCCGGCACCCUUCGUGAUGGAUGCUGGAAACGGGACUGUGUGAAGUGUGACGGGUUAGAUGUGGAGGAAGGAGACCUGAACCACAUGUUGCAUCCUCUCCUCACUGCCACUGUGCCCCUUGGCCCCUCUUCCCAUCAUCUGAGGCCUCGCUUUCCAUCAUCCUGGGGUAUCAUUACCAUCCCAGGCUGCAGUGUUGGCUCUGAUCUCCAUCCAAGGGCAGUGGGAGUGUAACUGGUGCUCACCUCCAUCCCUGGACCAUCCUGCACAUGCUGGGGAAGGAGCAUCUCCACUGUUAUUUUGCAUUUGCAUCCCCAGCCCUAGGUUCUGGGGAUGCCUUGGAGGAGCGGAGGUACAGCCAGGAUAUAUUGGAUAGGAUGUAUUUGUGGGUAGGAUAUAUUCCUAUAUACACACAUGUGGAUGUGUGCUGUGUUAAGGCUGAAGAUGGUUCCUGUAUUGCCCCAUUUAUUUUCCCUGUGCUCUCAUGGGAGUUAGGGUGCUCCUGGCUGUGAAGUGUUGGGGGAGAAACCCCUUGGAUGACCUGGGCUCCUUCAGCUCAUCCCACGAGAAGGGCUCACUGCCCCUGCUGAGCCUCCUGCCGCCGAUAAACCCCAGCCCUUUGCUUCCUCCUGUCGGAAGUCAUUAACACCAACAACCUUUUCUGGCUCAAUAGCUCCCAGUAGCUCUGAAUAGCUCCCAGUAACUUCGUGCCGCCGCCUGUCAUCCAACACCACCGUCUGCCUGUGCUCCCUGCUCCUGGAGCCAGCCUUCAGCACUCCCUGUCCCUCCUCCUCCUCCUCGGAUGACAUUGCCAUCCUCCACUCUAGAGAGGAUGGAAGCUCCUCCAUUUUGGGGUGUGCCCCCGAUGAGAAUGAGGCAUUUUGGGAACUCCCUCCAUCCUGCCUGUAUCCUUUGAGCAGGAUGUGGUGGAAGGCUGGGCUGUGCUGCCCCAUCUCCCCUGGGACUCCUGUGUGGGACAAGGGAUAAAUAUGCAGCAGAAAGCAAAGCUGCAUCCUGGGACCCUCCUGGUCUUCCAUGGCCAUGUGAAACUGGUGUUAUUGGGCAAGCUGGUCCAUGUCCUGUAACAGGUCGAAGUGUCAGCCCUCCAUGCUCUUUACCUGUGCUCCCACAGCCAGGUUCACUGAUCCAUGGAGGAGCUGCAGCCCCAAGAGCUGCCAGCUGCUGCCAGCGGAUGGGUACCUGCUGUGCUGGUUUUGCUCUGUCUGGACAGGAGUUUGAUGCCUGUAAAAUGCUCCUCUUUCUCCCCCUUUCCCUUCCAUGAGUGUCCUCCAGCCCCAAGGCCAUUUUUCCUAUCACUGUCUCCCUUUCCCACACUGGUUUUUCCCCCAUCUCCAUCCCCACUGCCCUUACCCCUUUUGUUGUGGAGCUCUCCUCUUCACCCCGAGGAGCUGCUGGGUUUGCUGAGCACUGUAGCUCCCACCAUGAGCAGGGACGCUCCUCGGGCUCUCCUCUUCCUCCCGCCCUGUCUCACUGCAUGCCCCUGGUCUCUUCCACAGGCAACCAAGCAGUUCCUGGAGGAGAUCAACAAGUGGACAGGCCAGUAUAAUGUGUCCCCGCUCUCCUGGAAUGUGGCUGUCAAGUUCCUCAUGGCCCGCAAGUUCGACGUCCUGCGGGCCAUCGAGCUCUUCCACUCCUACCGGGAGACACGGCUGAAGGAGGGAAUUGUGAAGCUGAAGCCACACGAGGAGCCGCUACGCUCAGAGCUGCUCAGCGGGAAGUUCACCAUUCUGAGCGUGCGGGACCCCUCAGGAGCCUCUAUCGCCCUGUUCACAGCCAAGCUGCACCACCCCAGCAAGAGUGUGCAGCACGUGGUGCUCCAGGCGCUCUUCUACCUGCUAGACCAAGCCGUGGAGAGCUUUGAGACGCAAAGGAAUGGGCUGGUGUUCAUCUACGACAUGGCAGGGUCACAGUACACCAACUUUGAGCUGGACCUCAGCAAGAAGAUCCUCAACCUGCUUAAGGGUGCCUUCCCAGCUCGGCUCAAGAAAGUUUUCAUCGUGGGAGCGCCCAUGUGGUUCCGCGUGCCCUACUCCAUCAUCAGCCUGCUGCUGAAGGAGAAGCUGCGGGAGCGGGUGCAGAUGGUGAAGAUGUCGGAGCUGAAGGAACACCUGCCACGGGAAUGCCUCCCCGAGUACCUCGGGGGGUCCCUCAAACUGGACCCUCUGAGCUGGAACUGCCGGUUCCUGCCCCAGCAGAAUGGGCACCCCGACCCCCUGGACGAGCUCAUCCUGGUGCCGCUGGCGGCCCCCAAAGAUAACGGCUCCGUCCACGUCCCUGGGCCCAAGUCCAUGACCCUCCAGGAGCUACUGGAUCAUGUCAGUCACAAGCAGAAACAGGGCAUCUACGAAGAGUAUGAAGAUAUUCGGCGCAGGAGCCCAGCCGGCACCUUUGUCUGCUCUUUGGCACCCUACAACCAGGAGAAGAACCGGUAUGGGGAUGUGCCCUGCCUGGACCAAACCCGUGUCAAGCUGGCGAAGCCAUACAGUCGCCCGGAGCUGACUGACUACAUCAAUGCAAGCUUCAUGGAUGGCUACAAGCAGAGGAACGCUUACAUUGGCACUCAGGGGCCUCUGGAAAACACCUACGGUGACUUCUGGCGCAUGGUGUGGGAGCAGAACGUCCUGGUGAUAGUGAUGACAACCCGGCUAGAGGAGGGAGGCAGGAGGAAGUGUGGCCAGUACUGGCCCCUGGAGAAGGAUUUCCAGGUGUGCUUCGGGGCCCUGACCAUCACCAACCUGGGCGUGGAGAACCUCAGCCAUUACAAGAAAACCAUUCUGGAGAUCCACAGCUCGGAGACCAGGGAGCGGCGGCUGGUGUCCCACUUCCAGUACCUGAGCUGGCCAGAUUAUGGCGUUCCUUCCUCUGCUGCCACGCUCAUUGACUUUUUGGGGGCUGUGAAGCAGCAGCAGAGGGUGGCUGUCAGCACCCUGGGACCUCGCUUCAAGGGUCACCCUAGGGGACCACCAGUCGUGGUCCACUGCAGCGCCGGCAUCGGCAGGACAGGUACCUUUUGUGCACUGGACAUCUGCCUGUCGCAGCUGCAGGACGUGGGUACUCUGAACAUCUACCAGACGGUGCUACGCAUGCGGACCCAGCGCGCCUUCAGCAUCCAGACCCCCGAGCAGUAUUACUUCUGCUACACUGCCAUCCUCGAGCACGCCCAGCGUGAGGGCCUGCUGCUCGCCAACCACAACCGGGCUGCCCAGGAGAAGAGUUCGCCAGGGCACUGAGAUCCCCCACCUCCCUGCAGACACCCCCUUCCCAUCCUCCGGGGGCUGCCUGAGCUGCCUCGGUGCCUGCCAGGACUCAGCUGAGCUGUUGGGGCGGCGGUGCCAGAGCACCUCAGCUGUUAGCACUGCUAUGGAACUGUGCCUUAUUCAACCCAAACAGUAGCUGCCACUCGCCGGCACGGGAAGGGGCUCUUGCUCCUCCCCGUUGUGUUUUGGUUGGGUUUGGUUGCGUGUGGAGGUGGUUUGUCUUCUCUUCAAAUUGGUUUGUUUUUUUUUAUUUUAUUAUUUUGUUGUUGUUGGGACCACCUAAGCUGUACCUAGAGAGGGGCUUUGCAAAGUCCUAGAAAAUGUAUUCCCACUCCUGGGGCUGGGGGAGAGGUGUGUGCUUUGGUCUCACCUGCCACUCCCUCUGUGUGUCUGUAUGUAUGUGUGUAUAUAAUAUACCCCUGCUCUGCUCCCCCGGCUAUUAUAUAGAUACAUAUAUACAAGCUCCCCUUUAGCAGCUCCCGAGAAUUCUCGCUGUCCUGCCACCUCACUGCUGUGAUCCCUGGAGCGGUGAGUUUGGUCCUGGCUCUGUGUUAUCUUCCCCCUUGCCCUUUUUUCCCCUCAUGGGCAGCACUGGGACAUGGUACCCGCUCUCAUGCCUGUCCCACUGGAGGCACAAGGAUGCUUGGUGGUGUCCCCCCCAUUUCCUUGUCUCAUAUUCCCCGUGGAGACAGCAGUGCUCUGCUCCCAGGAGGAUCUGGAGGAUUUGGGUUGUUGGAGGGGUGUGAAGCUCACAGGCAUUCCCUGCCCCUUGGGGCACCGCCACAGGAGUCACUCGGUACGAGGUGAUGGGGACACAGGGACCAACUGGCUCACCAGGUUGCCUGGCUUUCCCAGGCCGCCACUGGGAACCUGCAGGCCCAGCCCUGCAUUGAGUCACAGGCCGGGAAAGUGCUGAGCAAGAAUAAACCCCAAACCCUGGAGAGGCAAUGAGCCUUAGCCCCGGCCCCCACCACCACCUGGGCCUCCCCAACUUUAUACUGUAAUAAGAUCUUUGAAUGUGUAUAUUCUUAUUUUUUUAUAAUCUUGGGGGGGGGUGGUAAUUUUUGUUUUGUAGUUCUUUUGGGGGGUUUUUUGGUUGUUUUUGUUUUUGUUUUUUUUAUUUAACAUUAACUUGAUCCAAGCCAGAACCAGAAGUAUUUGUAAAUGUUCCUAUUUUGCUCUUGUUCAGAGAAACCUUUUUGUUGUUGUUCCUUUUUUGGGGGUUGUUUUGUUUUUAUUUGUAUUGAUAUAUAAAUAUACUACCAGUGA